AUGUCAAUGAUGGAAAAAUAUGAGAAUGUCUCCUGGAUCCCCCAGCAGGAACUGGAAGAUCCAUUCAAGAAAUAUCUGAACAGCACAGAGGACUACCUGACCUUUGUCUGUGGCCCUCAGCGCAGCCACCUCUUCCUCCCGGUGACUGUGGUGUACACCCUGAUUUUUGUGGUCGGGGUCGCUGGCAAUCUCCUGGUGUGCCUGGUGAUUCUUCGGCACCAGACUAUGAAGACACCCACCAACUACUACCUCUUCAGCUUGGCUAUCUCGGACCUUCUGGUCCUGCUCCUUGGGAUGCCCCUGGAAGUCUAUGAGAUGUGGCGUAACUACCCCUUCCUGUUUGGGCCCGUGGGCUGCUACUUCAAGACGGCCCUCUUUGAGACUGUGUGCUUCGCCUCCAUCCUCAGUGUCACCACGGUCAGCGUGGAGCGCUACGUGGCCAUCCUCCACCCUUUCCGCGCCAAGCUGGAGUGCACCCGGAGGAGGGCCCUCAGGGUCCUGGGCAUCAUCUGGGUCUUCUCUGUUCUCUUCUCUCUGCCCAACACCAGCCUCCAUGGCAUCAAGCUCCACUACUUCCCCAAUGGGUCUUUGGUCCCGGGCUCUGCCACCUGUACGGUCAUCAAGCCCAUGUGGAUCUAUAAUUUCAUUAUCCAGGCCACCUCCUUCCUCUUCUACAUCCUCCCCAUGACUGUCAUCAGUGUCCUCUACUACCUCAUGGGGCUCAGACUAAAGAAAGACCAAACCCUUGAGGCAGACAAAAUAACUGCAAAUAUUCAAAGACCCUACAGAAAAUCAGUCACCAAAAUGUUAUUUGUCUUGGUCUUAGUGUUUGCUAUCUGUUGGACCCCAUUCCACAUUGAUCGGCUCUUCUUCAGCUUUGUGGAGGAGUGGACUGAAUCCCUGGCUGUUGUGUUCAACCUCAUCCAUGUGGUGUCAGGUGUCUUCUUCUAUCUGAGCUCAGCUGUCAACCCCAUUAUCUAUAACCUACUCUCUCGCCGCUUCCGAGCAGCGUUCCGGAGUGUGAUCUCUCCUUCCUGCAAACAGUGGCACCCCCAGCAUCACCCACAAGGGCCACCUGUCCAGCGGAACAUCUUCCUGACAGAAUGUCACCUUAUGGAGCUGACUGAAGAGGCGGGCCCCCACUUCCCCUGUCAACUGUCCAUCAGCAGCUCUCACCUCCACACAGUGCACUAUUCGGGACAGACCCCGUGA